UGAACGACAAGACGUCCAACCGUGGUUGAAACAUUUGUGAGACGUGGGAGGGCUUUGUGUUUACGGUUGCACUGUACUGACAGCAUUUAAAGGACUCUGCAUGUGCGGGUAAACUCACAAUGGAAUUUGCUUGUGGCUUUGUUUAUGUGCCGCCAUCAGUGAGUCACAAGGACGGCCAAAGACCCAACGUCUUUAAGCGCUCAGCUCUUCUUCCUCCUGUUAACCGGAUCCGUCCUCGCAAUCCUCCCCCUCCUCCGCCAACAGUCUCCGCGGAAGCCAAAUCACCGAAAUCCCUCCAAUCUACCUCCAAGGGUAUUGAACAGUUGGAAAAGAGCAAGGAGUUGAAGAAGGCUGUGAAGCCCACACCCUUCUACGAAAAUGCUGAAUUUCACAAUAAACAGCAGGCAGCCUCUUCCAUCAGUGCGACUCCUCAGCAGCAGACACUGCCUCGAAAAGCAGCUCUUCUUCCACCACACAUGAAACCUGCAGCAAACACCAAGUCCCCUCCUUACAGCCAGCCACUUCCUUCCUCCAGCACCAACAGUCAGAGUUUUACCUACGACGUCCCGGACAAUGAGCCAGAUUUAAAUGUGCAUCCCUGGGACCCAAACUACUCGUACACUGCACCAGAAGGCACUGGGGGUGAGGUGAAGCUGCCAGCUGAUACUAGCAGUGUGUCGGCCCAGACAUCAACCCCACCUCUUCCUCCGAGACCUUCAUUCAUGAAGUCAAUGCCAGAGUACCUGGUGCUGUUACCUGCGGGCCAGCUGUUGCCCUCAUCGUCUCAGAAAUCAAAAUCACAACGUGUCCCAACCCCUACGCAUAAAGUAGAUAAGGGGCCUCUGCCGGGGAAUCCUAAUGUGCUCCUUGUCAGUUUAGGAAAAUUACUCUCAGAGGAAAGAGUGGAGACCAUCCAAGGAGAACCCACCUCCUGCUCCCAGUGCGGCUCUGUGCUGGACACCUGCUACGACAAUGUGGUUAAUGAGUGUUACUUCUGUCAGCCCUGGGAGCAAACCAGCACACCCAGUAUACCUCCGUGUCCUCUAAGUGGUCACCAGGAUGGCCUCUUUUUGCUCUGUCCCAGUGAAAAGACCCUGUGCGCGACUGACACUCUGCUGCUCUUCUGUAUUGACAUCUCAGGCUCAAUGAGCAUCACCUCUCAGGUGUCGGAGGGAGAGCAUGUCUUCCACAGAUCCCGUCUCCAGUUUGUCCAGGAAGCGGUGUUGCAGUGUGUUUGGACACUAAGUCAGCAAAAUCCUGACAUACGAGUGGGACUCAUCACCUUCAACAGUCAGGUGACAGUACAUGGAAAUGAGAAUUUCACGUCACAUUCCCUGUGUGGUCCUGAGUUGUCUGACAGCGACUUUCUGAAAGAGGCUGCAAUUAGUUUCCCCAUUCCACCUCCACUCUCACAGACUAAGGACUACCUACAGAGACAAGUCAUGGGAUUAUCUGAAGGUGGGACCACAGCUCUUGGUCCAGCUGCUCUCCUCACGAUUGCAAUAGCCUCCAGACAGCCAGGGGCCAAGGUGAUUAUCUGUACAGAUGGGAAAGCCAACACAGAAUUGGGGAAUCUGGAGGUAGAGGAUAAUGAUGCUCGCACCCUUCUCUCAUCUACCAUCUUCUACCAGGAGCUGGGGGACUAUGCUGCUAAACAGGGUGUGACAGUGUCUGUGCUGGCCAUAGAGGGAACAGACUGCAGGCUGGAUGAGCUGGGAAGACUCGCUGAUCGCACUGGAGGGAAAGUGGUGAUAGCAAGCCCCAAUAGGUUGCACCAAGAGUUUGAGCAGAUCAUCGAGAACAGGACCAUCGCUACACACUGCACUGUCACAUUACUGCUGCCCAACUCACUGCGUAUGAGAGGAGAGAAGGAGGCAGGACACAUAGGAACCAGAGAGGUGGGGAAUGUGGACCCAGCUACAGAGAUUACCUUCCAGUUUGGAGCCAAUGAACAGGCCGCAGAAGUGUCAGUGCCUGCCCCUGGUAGCCGUGUGUCCAUCCAGCUGCAGAUCAGGUACAAACACAGGAAGGGACAGACAAUGCUCAGAGUGAUCACCGCGGAGAGAGAUGUUACUGAUGACAGCUCGGCGGCCCUGUCCUCCCUCUCUCUGGCCAUCAUUCAGCUCAACUCGUCACAGGCCAGCGCCGCUCUGGCUGUCAGAGGCCGCUUCGUCGAUGCCAGGAGGGAAGGAGAGCUGCAGAGGAAGCUGAUCGAGAGAGCGAUAGAGCAUAAUAGCAGUGCAGAGGACCAUCAGACAUACCAAGAAUGGGUUAAAACAAUGGAGCCCAUAUACAACAACAUACAUAACUUCACAAGGAGACAAUCCGUGGUUUCAGACUCGCAGUCUCUAACAGACGCUGGUGCAGCGCUGCUUUACACCAUGAAGCACAGCAACAGGAAGUCCAUCUCAGUGAAGAAUAAACAUAAACUCUAGCCAACUGUCUGCCUCCACCUUUUAUCUUGUUGGAAGCAACUCAAGUCAUGAAUGACACGGAUAAAUACCGCUGUUUGACUUUGAUUAUCAGGCUGAAUAAAUAUCCCUCACGUAUUUCAGUGUAAAUAAUGUAUUGCAGUGUAUCAACAUGAAACACGGUCACUUGUAUCAUAAAGAAACUCAUUUCUCAGACCUCAAA